GAGAGGGAGGGCGCGUCAUCGAGACCUGCCCGGAAAAGUGGGUGUUUUGGGAUACUCAUACUACUAGCUCGAUGCAGCUACUAGAUUAUUUUUAUCCGCAGAACAUUUUCUUCAUUUAUUGCAUUUCAGAAAGCAGCAGUCAAAAGGAUACAUAUUUUAAGACAGCGUUGUAGGAACAGCUAGCUAGACCACCAGACGCCGACGUUGGUUCAAAGCUCCAGAGGAAGAUAGAAGUGUGCCCGCUAAGAUGGGUUUCCGCAAGAAGAACAAGAGCCCACCGGUUCUGAGCCAUGAGUUUGUGAUCCAGAACCACGCCGACAUGGUUUCUUGCUUGGCCAUGGUCAUCCUGCUUGGUCUGAUGUUUGAGGUGACAGCCAAGUUUGCGAUCAUGUUCAUUACGGUCCAGUAUAAUGUUACACAAGUUCUAGAGGGAAAGAAGGAGCCAGUGAACUUUUACCAGUAUGGCCCCAAAGAUGCAGCUACAGUUGUCUUUUACCUGCUCAUUGCAGUCAUACUGCAUGCCUUGAUACAAGAAUAUAUUCUCGACAAAAUGAACCGGAGGUUACACCUCUCAAAGACCAAGCACAGCAAGUUUAAUGAAUCUGGACAGCUGGCUGCCUUCUACUUGUUCUCCUUCGCGUGGGGCUGCAGCAUCCUGACGGCAGCGGAGUUUGCCACAAAUCCCACCUUCUUGUGGGAAGGUUACCCACACACCCACAUGGGCUUUCAGGUGAAGUUCUUCUACAUUUGCCAAAUUGCCUAUUGGCUACACGCACUUCCUGAACUAUACUUUCAAAAAGUACGAAAGGAGGACAUCCCUCGCCAACUCUACUACAUUUGCCUUUAUGUUGUCCACAUCACUGGUGCCUAUGUCUUAAACCUCCAUCGACUGGGCCUGGUGCUGCUGGUGCCUCACUACCUGGUGGAGCUCCUGUUUCACGCCUCGCGUCUCUUCUACUUCAGUGACGAGAACAAGCAGAAGGGAUUCACCUUAUGGGCGCUGCUGUUCGUGAUUGCCCGUCUGCUCACCCUCACAGUCUCGGUUCUGACGUUUGGAUUUGGGCUCCCCCGCACGGACAACCAGGGCUUCUCUCUGGCUGAAGGGAACUUCAAUGUGCUCACCAUCAGGAUGACCUGCCUGGCUGCUAUCUGCCUCACACAGGCCUGGAUGAUGUGGAAAUUUAUUAACUUUCAGCUGAAAAAGUGGAGGGAGCACAGUCAGAACCAGGGGUCCAAGAAGAAGACAACCAGUCCCAAGAGCAAGCCUUACAAGAGGGAGCCGGCGAGGGGUGGCGCUACUAACGGCAUCGUGAAGUCAGACGACAGGACAUCACCGCGGGCCAGAAAAGCCAAAGCGUCAUAGGGAGACAGAGGAGCGGUGGUUGUGUGUAUGUAUGGGUGUGUAUGUGGCGGAUGUGGUGGUGACACGCUAUCGGGACCUAUUAUCGGUACACAGUUCAACGAUCCACUAUCAGGAUGCACUAUAGAGAUAUUAUAGCUUCUUACUGCUUCAGGUUCCAUGUUGUGACUUCACAACAACAACCGUUUAAUCACACUCAACUACCAUCUCCCACGUACCUGAUCCUUCUCAGUAUCCAUACAUUUAGGUGCGUUAGAUAUGGUCCAUAUCAUGAUCUUCAUUUGAGGUCUCUGUUGAUGUAGUCUUGCAGAGAUGACUAUGCCACUUUGAAUGGUGGGAUUACAAUACGUAUGUAAUCAAUUAUUUAUCCUACAUUUUUUUUGCAAUCAAUUGAAGGUAUUUCUGACUCCCCAAGACUAGUAGAGAUGUGAUGGGGGGGGGGGGGGGGGCUA